AUGCCUACAAUGUGGCUAUCCGAUAACCAGAAGAUCGGAGUUAUCUUCUGCUCAGCUGGAGGCUUGUUCCUCUUCGGCGGAGUCCUAAUGUUCUUCGAUCGCUCACUACUAGCAAUGGGCAACAUCCUCUUCCUCAUCGGUCUAACCCUAAUAAUCGGCCUCGAAAAGACCUUCGCCUUCUUCUCGCGCCGGCAAAAACUCAAAGGCACCGCCGCCUUCGCCGCCGGAAUCCUCCUCAUCCUCCUCCGCUGGCCGCUCACCGGGUUCAUAAUCGAGCUGUACGGUCUCUUCAUCCUCUUCGGCGACUUCCUGAUCACCAUUGGCCAGUUCGCGGGGAAUAUCCCCGUCGUAGGGCCCUUUAUUCAAAAGGUUCUGGAGACGUUGGCCGGUGGAAGGAGGAAUGCCGAGUUGCCUGUAUAG